GUGAGAGCGGAGCCCCGCGCUCUCACCCUGCGUCCGGUCCCGUCCCUGUCCCGAAGUCCUUCCCGCCGCCCCGGGCGCCCCCGUCCAUCCUCGUCCACGCCCCACGCCCUCAGCAUGGCAUGGAACACCAACCUCCGCUGGCGACUGCCGGUCACCUGCCUGGUGCUGCAGGUGGCCAUGCUGGUGCUCUUCGGGGUGUUCGUGCGCUAUGACGAGGACGCUGACGCGCACUGGUGGGAGCCCCGGGGGCCCGGGAAUGGCUCCAGAGAAGGCGCCAGAGACCUGGACAACGAGUUCUACUACCGCUACCCGAGCUUCCAGGACGUGCACGUGAUGGUCUUCCUGGGCUUCGGCUUCCUCAUGACCUUCCUGCAGCGCUACGGGUUCAGCGCCCUGGGCUUCAACUUCCUGCUGGCGGCCUUGGGCAUCCAGUGGGCGCUGCUCAUGCAGGGCUGGUUCCACUCCUUCAAAGAUGGCCACAUCCUGGUGGGCGUGGAGAACCUCAUCAACGCAGACUUCUGCGUGGCCUCAGUUUGCGUGGCCUUCGGGGCAGUCUUGGGCAAAGUGAGCCCCAUCCAGUUGCUCCUGAUGACGUUUGUUCAAGUGACACUGUUCUCGGUGAAUGAGUUCAUCCUCCUCAACCUGUUGUUGGUGAAGGAUGCUGGCGGCUCCAUGACCAUCCAUACAUUCGGCGCCUACUUUGGGCUCACGGUGACCUGGAUCCUCUAUCGACACAACCUGGAGCAGAGCAAGCAGAGGCAGACUUCCGUGUACCACUCUGACCUCUUCGCCAUGAUUGGCACCCUGUUCCUGUGGAUGUAUUGGCCCAGCUUCAACUCGGCCGUGUCCUACCAUGGGGAUGCCCAGCACCGGGCCGCCAUCAACACCUACUGCUCCUUGGCGGCCAGUGUGCUCACCUCGGUGGCCGUGUCCAGUGCCGUGCACCGGAGGGGCAAGCUGGACAUGGUCCACAUCCAGAACGCCACGCUGGCCGGAGGCGUGGGAGUGGGCACGGCCGCCGAGAUGAUGCUCAUGCCCUACGGAGCCCUGGUCGUGGGCUUCCUCUGUGGCACCUUCUCCACCCUGGGCUUCGCAUUCCUGACGCCCUUCCUGGAGUCACGGCUGCGCAUCCAGGACACGUGUGGCAUACACAACCUGCACGGCAUCCCGGGCAUCAUCGGCGGCAUCGUGGGGGCUGUGACUGCAGCCUGCGCCACCCCCGAUGUAUAUGGGAAAGCAGGGCUUGCCCAUUCCUUUGACUUUGAAGGUUUAAAGCAAAACUGGACUGCAAAAACGCAGGGAAGGUACCAGAUAUUUGGGCUCCUCGUGACUUUGGCUAUGGCCCUGGUGGGCGGCACCAUCAUGGGGCUCAUUCUGAGGUUACCCUUCUGGGGACAAGCUGCAGAUGAGAACUGCUUUGAGGACAGCGUCUACUGGGAGAUGGAAGAAGAAAAGAGCUCAGGCUACCCCGAGGACCCCACCCUCAAGCCCCCGGCACCUUCAGGACCCUUGGGACCUCUGGCAUCCCCAGGGCCCUCAGCAUCCUUGGUUCCCUAAGCAACCAGGGGCUGAGGAGCAGGCUCGGCAGUGCCCCCAGCCUCCUCGGAAGGAGCCUGUUCCGUUCCCCCAGGGCCCGGUGCAAGGCUGCAGCGAGGCCCACUGGCCUGCCCUCACCCACCCACCCAGGAGGCCUGAGAAUGAAGGAAGAGCUAGGGUCCCAAGAAGGGAAGGCCUGUCAGCCUGGGGUGCGGGGUGGCCU